AUAUUUUAAAAACAUGUGAAGUAGUUGAAGAUAAUGAUAUUAAUUUUGAUGAAGAAAUGACAGUCUCGAUCGCGAUUGAAAAUGAUAAAAAAGAUAUAAUAGUUCCAUCCUUUAAACUUUGGGAUGAAGAUGUUGGUAGUGGUUUACGCAGUAAAGCACAAGAGGUUGAGUAUGAAAGAUAUCAACAACAAUUAGCAGUAGAGAAAUUACGUAACACAGAUUCUAAGAGUUUGAUAUCAAUAGCUGCUUUACGUAGUAAUAACUCGACAAGUGAUGCAAGUAAAUUAGAGACAGUACAUAAAAAAUUACUUAAGGAAGCAGAGGAUCAAUUAGCACGAUAUGAUUCUUUAGGAUUAGGAGGGAAAAAGAGAAAAGCAGAUGCAAUAAUCAAUACUAGUAGUAAUAUAGUAAGUAAUAUAGUGGGAGAAAGUAAAAUUAUCGAAGAACCUGAAAACAAGAAGGCGCGACUUCGUGUACCAAAAUGUACCAAUAACACAAAUCCAACAAAUCCAGAUGAAGCAUUAACAUCAUGUCCAAAAGAUGAGACAUCAACACGAAUUACUCGAAGUCGUAAAAAGAAAGAAGAAAAACCGACUGAUGAAAUAAUUAGUAUUAAAUCACCCGAAACAGUAGUCAAGGCAAAUUAUAAAAAAAUAAGUACUAAAGUGAAACCUCAAGUAAAAUCUAAAGGAAAAAAAGGAUCAAAGACAGUCGCAUCAUCAUCAUCAAAAGCAGCGCGUUCAUCUACAUCUUCGUAUAUUCAACAACUUGAAACAUUUAUAAAACCGAAUACAGCAAUGCCCACGGGAUCACGGAAGAGUACGCGUUCAGCACUUGCUUUUGGAUACAAGGUUCCGAUAAAGCCCUUGGUGAAAAAAGAUUUCAGUCUCCCGGUAUCUUUAUUUGGAGAGAUGAUAAAUGAAAGAGAAAAUUUACGAUUACAGGAAUAUCAGCAACAAAUCGAUUCCGAAGAACUUAAAAAACUCUAA